AUGGCAUCCACGCUGGGCGUGCUCGAAGCUCUCCUCAGAAACCCAGGCGCCAUCGCAACCAAACUCGAAGUUAAACAGCUCCUGAAAGCCCUUCUCAAGCGGCCGGGAGCAAUCACCUCCGCAUCCGAAGCCAAGCAGCUCCACGCCCAAAUCCUCAAGCACAACCCUUCUUCACCUCUUUACACAUCCACAGCCAUCUGCGUUUACUCCAACUUCAAGCUCCUGAACCAAUCCCUCUGCCUGUUCAAAACCCUACAGUCCCCGCCUUCUCUCGCAUACAAAUCAAUCAUCAAAUGCUACGCGGUGAAUGGGCGCUUUGUUGAAUCACUGGCCUCUUUCGUAGACAUGAGAGCUUCCGGUAACACCCCUGAUCACAGCGUGUUCCCUUCUGUGCUGAAAGCUUGCGCCUUUCUGCUGGAUUUGAGAUUGGGGGAGGCGGUUCAUGGGUGCAUUAUUAGGUUGGGAAUGGACGUUCAUUUGAUUACUGGGAAUGCACUCAUUAAUAUGUAUGCAAAGCUGCAGAGUUUGGCUGAGAGCGAGUGGCGGGAACGUGACAGGCGCAAGGUGUUCGAUGGAAUGUCUGAGAGGACUGUUGAUAAUCUAUUUGCAAGCCAACUUUCGCAGGAAAGCCUUGGUAGUUGCUUAGACGGUAGAAGUAGAACUGGUGCAGGAGCGGAUAGCAGCGUGAAGAAGGUAUUUGAGACGAUGACAACAAGAGAUAUCAUUUCUUGGAACACUGUAAUCGCGGGGAAUGCACAAAAUGGACUGCACGAAGAUGCUUUGGCGAUGGUUAGGGAGAUGGGAGGUGCAGGGCUGAAGCCUGACAUAUUUACUUUGUCAGCCAUACUUCCUAUCUUUGCCCAAUACGUGGAUGUUGAUAAGGGAAGGGAGAUUCAUGGUUAUGUCAUUAGAUAUGGCUUUGAUAAGGACCUUUAUGUUGCUAGCAGCUUGAUCAACAUGUACUCGAGGUGUGCUCGAGUGGAAGACUCGAUACGUGUGUUCAAGAUUACUCGUCAAUGUGACACCAUUUCUUGGAACUCGGUUAUUGCUGGUUGUGUGCAGAACGGUAUGUUUGAUGAAGGCUUGAGACUCUUCCGGCAGAUGUUGAAGGAUAAUGUUAUACCAGGGAGUGUUUCAUUCUCCAGUAUCAUGCCUGCUUGUGCUCACUUGACCACGUUGAAUUUGGGAAAGCAGCUUCAUGGAUACAUAAUGAGGUGCGGAUUUGAUGAUAAUGUUUUUAUUUCUAGUUCAUUGGUGGACAUGUAUGCCAAAUGUGGUCAUAUUAGGACCGCUGGAUGGAUUUUCGACGGCAUAAAGGGUCGUGACAUGGUAUCCUGGACAGCAAUGAUAAUGGGUUGUGCUUUACAUGGUUAUGCUGAAGAUGCCAUCUCAUUAUUCGAGCAGAUGAAAUUGGAAGGAAUUCGACCAAAUCAUGUGGCAAUCACUGCGAUCUUAACUGCCUGCAGUCAUGCUGGCAUGAUAGAUGAAGGUCGAAGAUACUUUGAUCGAAUGACUGAGGAAUAUGGUAUUAGGCCAGGGUUAGAACACUAUGCUGCAAUGGCAGACCUUUAUAGCCGGAAGGGAAAGCUGAACGAUGCUUAUCAACUCAUCAGUACCAUGACCACACCCACCGGUACGAUUUGGUCCUUGCUACUCUCGGCUUGUAGGGUCCAUAAAAAUGUCGACUUGGCUGAGAAGGUCGCAAGCAAGAUUUUCGAGGUCGAUCCAGAGAACAUUGGUGCUCGAGUUCUUCUGUCCAACAUAUAUGCAAAUGAGGGCAGAUGGAAGGAAGUUGCAAAGGUACGAAUGACCAUGAGGAAUAUGGGGAUAAGGAAAAACCCUGCUUGUAGUUGGAUAGAAGUGAAGAACAAGAUUCAUACUUUUAUUGCAGAUGAUAAGUCCCAUCCGCUGCAUGAUGAGAUAAACAAUGCUCUCUGUGAAUUGCAAGAGAAAAUGGAGCUAGCGGGGUAUGUUGCUGACACGAGUGAGGUGCUGCAUGAUGUUGACGAUGAGCAGAAGAAGUACUUGUUGUAUGGUCACAGUGAGAGACGGGCGAUAGCAUUUGGCAUCAUGAGCACGCCUGCUGGAACAACAAUUCGAGUUAUAAAGAACAUCAGAAUAUGUGUGGACUGCCAUACAGCGAUAAAGUUGAUCUCGAAGAUAGUCGGGAGGGAGAUAGUCGUCAGAGACAAUAGCCGUUUUCACCAUUUCAGAGAUGGUGAGUGCUCAUGUGGAGAAUAUUGGUGA